AUGGAGCGGACGAGCCUCGAUGCAGAUCCCCUCAAUUCGGUGGAGAUGCAUCGCAGUGUCUCUGAGACGUUUGUACAAGACAACACGAAGAUGAUGGAUGAACUGGACGCCAAGGGCUGCACGCCGCUACACUGGGCGAUUUGGCGCUGUUUCCAUCAGAAGAAGGAAAAGGCCGAAGAAGCGAAGCAGACGAUUCGAUUGCUGUUGCGCAGUGGCGCGGACCCAAACGCCGCAAUCGCAGCUGCCGCGCCGCCUCCAGUCGACGCCAUGGACGAAGAAGGCAAGGAAGCGGCUGAGGGCGCCUCAGGCGACGUCGCCUUCCGUGCGCCGACGGUGGAGGGCCGUGUGGGACCCGAGCGAGUGCGGAUGAACGAGCACGACAAGUCCAACGAGACCAAGAUAUCCAAGGACGGCCUGCAGGUGUACAACUCGGCAAGGCUCACGUACUUGCUGGGCACCAUGGGCUCCGUGCGGAGCAAUGUCAAGGUCACGUCCGGCUGCUGGUUCUACGAGGUGGUGAUCGGCACCGAGAACCUCUACCAGAUCGGGUGGUCUUCGAAGGACACCAAGUUCACACGCUCGGAAGGCGUUGGCGACGACAAGUACUCGUAUGCGUUCGAUGGUUACCGCCGACUCAAGUGGCACAGGCGAGGCUUCUGGCCGUGGGGCGACAAAUGGAAGCCUGGUGACAUUUUGGGCUGUGGGCUGGACGCUGACAGAAAGGAGAUCAUGUACUGGCUCAACGGCAAGUACAUGGGUGUGGCGUUCAGCGACGUCGAGCUGCGCGACGGCCUCUACGCCGGCGUCUCCAUCGAGACGCAGCAUGGAGCUGGAGCCCACCACGACUACGACGACUUCAUCCUCUUCAGCGUCAUCGUCAUCGUCAUCAUCAACUUCCUCAUCGCCGAGCCCGUCGGCUUCUUUCCUCGCGUCGUGGCGGCCACUGCAAUACGACACCGCUUUACGGCUCUGCACGAGGCCUCGUUUCUGGGCCUGGUUGACGUGGCCCGCAUGCUGCUCGAGGAGGGCAAGGCCGAUGUCCAGGCCACGGACGCCUACCAGCGCACUGCACUUCACCUUGCCGCCAUCACGGGCGACUGCGACAUGAUCAAGCUGCUGUUCUCGGCCGGCGCCGUGCUCCAGUCGACGGACGACUGCGGCCGCACGCCGCUCCACUUGGCCGCCAUGCACGGCCACCUGGCGGCAGUCCAGUACCUGGUCGGGCAAGAGUCGUCCAUUCUGGCGCGCGACAACAACUCGUGGAUCAUAUUCAAGGACUCCACGCCGCUUCAUCUGGCCGCCGCCCGCGGACACACUGACGUAGUACUCUUCCUUCUGGAGACUUCCUUCGGCAAGAACAUUGUGGCGCUGGAAGACGACGACGAUGUCGAAGAGUUCCUGGAAUCGGAUGACGACGAGUGGGACGAAGAGGAAGAGGAGGAAGAAGCCGAGGAGAACAAAAAGGAGGGCGAAGAGGCCGCGGGCGCCACAACCAAGGAAGACGCCACCCCUGCCGAGGUGUUGGCCGAAAUGGUCGAAGCUGCCGCGCUCAAGAACAAGGCCAAGCGCGAGAGGCACCGGCGGCGGAGGAUGAAGGACUCGCUCUACUUGUCUCGCUACCUCAAGAAUGCGGACGGCAACACGUUCCUGCAUUUGGCGGUGGCGAACGGGCACACGGAGACGGCCAGGCGCAUCCUAGAGCUGCUCAACGGCACCGAGGAGCAGCAGCUGGCGCGCCGCGCCUUGGAACAGCAGCAGGAGCUGAAGCGACAGAAGGACGCGGAAGACGCGAAGACGAAAGAAGAAAAAGAAAAAGAAAAGAAGGAAAAAGGAGAAGAGGUGGACGUCGCCAUCAUCGGACAGGUGGAGGGAGGCGCAGAGGAGAAGGAAAAGGAAAGGAAAUGGAGAAGGAAGAAGAAAAAGAAGAACACGAGACGAAGGUGA